GUGGCCCGGGGCGGCGGCGGCCGGCGCUGGGCGAGCGCAGGGCUCUGAGGACAGCCCCCCGACGCCCCGGGAGAAGCCCCCGCGGGGCGGGACGGCGCCCCUCCUCCGUCGCGAGCCCCUGGAGCACCGCGGGCCGGGAGGCGAAGGAUGCUGUCGGCGCGGCGGCCAGCGGGCUGCGGGGCAGCGCUGUGGCUCGGGCUGGUCAGCUGCGUCCUCUGCAGAGGCUGGACGGCCCCCUCCGCGUCCCAAAAAUGUGAUGAACCCCUUCUGUCUGGGCUCUCCCAUGUAGCUUUCAGCAGCUCGUCCUCCAUGUCUGCAAGCUAUUCUCCUGGCUAUGCCAAGAUCAACAAGCGAGGGGGUGCUGGGGGAUGGUCUCCAUCUGACAGUGACCAUUAUCAAUGGCUUCAGGUUGACUUUGGCAAUCGGAAGCAGAUCAGCGCCAUUGCAACCCAAGGAAGAUACAGCAGCUCAGACUGGGUGACCCAAUACCGCAUGCUCUACAGUGACACUGGAAGGAACUGGAAACCUUAUCAUCAAGAUGGAAAUAUCUGGGCAUUUCCCGGGAACAUCAACUCUGAUAGUGUGGUCCGGCAUGACUUGCAGCAUCCCGUUGUCGCCCGCUACGUGCGCUUCGUGCCUCUGGACUGGAACGGAGAAGGCCGCAUCGGGCUCAGAAUUGAAGUCUACGGCUGUUCUUACUGGGCUGAUGUUAUCAACUUUGAUGGCCAUGUUGUGUUGCCAUAUAGAUUCAGAAACAAGAAGAUGAAAACACUGAAAGAUGUCAUUGCCUUGAAAUUUAAAACCACUGAGAGUGAAGGGGUGAUCUUACAUGGGGAAGGACAGCAAGGUGAUUACAUUACAUUGGAACUGAAAAAAGCCAAAUUGGUCUUCAGUUUAAACCUAGGAAGCAACCAGCUUGGCCCCAUCUAUGGCCACACGUCCGUGAUGAUGGGGAGCCUGCUGGAUGAUCACCACUGGCACUCCGUGGUCAUUGAGCGCCAGGGCCGGAGCAUUGACCUCACGCUGGACAGGAGCGUGCAGCACUUCCGCACCAACGGGGAGUUCGACUACCUGGACUUAGACUACGAGAUCACCUUUGGAGGCAUACCUUUCUCUGGUAAGCCAAGUUCCAGCAGUAGAAAGAAUUUCAAAGGUUGCAUGGAAAGCAUUAACUACAAUGGCAUCAACAUAACUGAUCUUGCAAGAAGGAAGAAACUGGAGCCUUCAAAUGUGGGAAACCUGAGUUUCUCCUGUGUGGAGCCUUACACGGUGCCCGUCUUUUUCAAUGCCACCAGUUACCUGGAGGUGCCUGGGCGGCUCCACCAGGACCUGUUUGUGGUCAGUUUCCAGUUCAGGACUUGGAACCCCAACGGCCUCCUGCUCUUCAGUCACUUUGCAGACAACUUGGGCAACGUGGAGAUUGACCUCACCGAAAGCAAAGUUGGUGUUCACAUCAAUGUCACACAGACCAAGAUGAGCCAAAUAGACAUUUCCUCAGGUUCUGGGCUGAACGAUGGACAGUGGCAUGAGGUUCGUUUCCUCGCUAAGGAAAAUUUUGCUGUUCUCACCAUUGAUGGGGAUGAGGCAUCAGCUGUUCGAACUAACAGUCCACUUCAAGUGAAAACUGGAGAGAAGUACUUCUUUGGAGGUUUUCUGAACCAGAUGAAUAACUCGAGUCACUCUGUCCUUCAGCCUUCAUUCCAAGGAUGCAUGCAGCUCAUUCAAGUGGAUGAUCAACUGGUAAAUUUAUAUGAGGUGGCACAAAGGAAACCAGGAAGUUUUGCAAACGUCAGCAUUGACAUGUGCGCCAUCAUAGACAGAUGUGUGCCCAAUCACUGUGAGCAUGGUGGGAAGUGCUCACAAACGUGGGACAGCUUCAAAUGCACUUGUGAUGAGACCGGAUACAGUGGGGCCACCUGCCACAACUCCAUCUAUGAGCCAUCCUGCGAAGCGUACAAACACCUAGGGCAGACGUCAAAUUACUACUGGAUAGAUCCUGAUGGCAGUGGACCGCUGGGGCCUCUGAAAGUGUACUGCAACAUGACAGAGGACAAAGUGUGGACCAUCGUGUCUCAUGACCUGCAGAUGCAGACCACGGUGGUGGGCUACACCCCGGAGAAGUACUCGGUGACCCAGCUCGUGUACAGCGCCUCCAUGGACCAGAUCAGCGCCAUCACCAGCAGCGCCGAGCACUGCGAGCAGUACGUCUCCUACUUCUGCAAGAUGUCCCGGUUGUUGAACACCCCAGAUGGAAGUCCUUACACCUGGUGGGUUGGCAAAGCCAAUGAGAAGCACUACUACUGGGGAGGCUCUGGGCCUGGGAUUCAGAAAUGUGCCUGUGGCAUCGAGCGCAACUGCACAGACCCCAAAUACUACUGUAACUGUGACGCGGACUACAAGCAGUGGAGGAAGGACGCUGGUUUCUUAUCCUACAAAGACCACCUGCCGGUGAACCAAGUGGUGGUUGGAGACACCAACCGGCAAGGCUCAGAAGCGAAACUGAGUGUUGGCCCCCUGCGCUGCCAAGGAGAUAGGAAUUAUUGGAAUGCUGCCUCUUUCCCAAAUCCGUCAUCCUAUCUGCACUUCUCGACUUUCCAGGGGGAAACCAGUGCUGACAUUUCUUUCUACUUCAAAACAUUAAUCCCACAGGGAGUAUUUCUGGAAAAUCUGGGGAACACGGAUUUCAUCAAACUCGAGCUGAAAUCUGCCACGGAAGUGUCCUUUUCAUUUGAUGUUGGAAAUGGGCCCGUGGAGAUCGUGGUGAGGUCGCCCACACCUCUCAAUGAUGACCAGUGGCACCGGGUCACCGCCGAGAGGAACGUCAAGCAGGCCAGCCUGCAGGUGGAUCGGCUGCCACAGCAGAUCCGGAAGGCCCCGACAGAGGGUCACACCCGCCUGGAACUCUACAGCCAGCUGUUUGUGGGUGGUGCUGGAGGUCAGCAGGGCUUCCUGGGCUGCAUCCGCUCCCUGAGGAUGAAUGGGGUGACCCUGGAUCUGGAGGAAAGAGCAAAGGUCACUUCCGGGUUCAAAUCUGGGUGCUCGGGCCACUGCACCAGUUAUGGGGCUAACUGUGAGAAUGGAGGCAAAUGCAUAGAGAAAUAUCAUGGUUACUCCUGUGACUGCUCCAACACGGCCUAUGAUGGAACAUUUUGCAACAAAGAUGUUGGUGCAUUUUUUGAAGAGGGGAUGUGGCUACGGUAUAACUUCCAGGCACCCGUGAUCAACAGCAAAGAACUGGGCAGCAGAUCGGAGAGUUCACCCGAUCCACAGGGCCCACUGCCAGACCUGGCCCAGGAGCAGAUUCGGUUCAGCUUCAGUACCUCCAAGGCGCCCUGCAUUCUCCUCUACGUCAGUUCUCUCACCACUGACUUCUUGGCAGUCCUCGUCAAACCCACUGGAAAUCUUCAGAUUCGCUACAACCUGGGUGGCACCAGAGAGCCGUAUAAUAUUGAUGUAGACCACAGGAAUGUGGCUAAUGGACAACCCCACAGUGUUAACAUCACCCGUCAUGAGAAGACCAUACUGCUCAAGCUGGAUCAUUAUCCUUCUGUGAGUUACCACCUGCCAAGCUCAUCUGACACGCUGUUCAACGCUCCCAAAUCACUCUUCCUAGGAAAAGUUAUAGAAACAGGGAAGAUUGACCAAGAGAUUCACAAGUACAACACCCCAGGAUUCACUGGGUGCCUCUCCAGAGUUCAGUUCAACCAGAUCGCCCCUCUCAAGGCGGCCUUGAGGCAAACCAACGCCUCCGCCCACGUCCACAUCCAGGGCGAGCUUGUGGAGUCCAACUGCGGGGCCUCCCCGCUCACCCUCUCACCCAUGUCGUCCGCCACCGACCCCUGGCACUUAGACCACCUGGAUUCAGCCAGUGCUGAUUUUCCAUAUAACCCAGGACAAGGACAAGCUAUCAGAAAUGGGGUCAACAGAAACUCGGCCAUCAUUGGAGGGGUCAUUGCUGUGGUGAUUUUCACCAUUCUCUGCACCUUGGUCUUCCUCAUUCGCUACAUGUUCCGUCACAAGGGCACCUACCACACCAAUGAAGCGAAGGGAGCAGAGUCGGCAGAGAGCGCAGAUGCUGCCAUCAUGAACAACGACCCCAACUUCACAGAGACCAUUGACGAAAGCAAAAAAGAAUGGCUCAUUUGAGGGGUGGCUCUUUGGCAGUGGGAUAGGGAGGGGGAAGGGAAGGGGACAAAAGCACCCUGCUUCAUACUCUUGAGCACAUCCUUUAAAAUAUCAGCACAAGUUGGGAGAGGCAAGCAACAGAAUAUUCUUAAGACUGAUGAUCGCCACACACAAAAUAUAUAUAAUAAUACUUUUUAAUAUUUCUUUAUAGCUGAGUUCUCCCUUCUGUAUCAAAACAAAAUAAUACAAAAAAUGCUUUUAGAGUUUAAGCAAUGAUUGAAAUUUGUAGGUAAAAUCUGUCUUAUUUUGUGUGUGUUUAGAGGUGUUCUAAAAAUCCAUGGUAACAGGGCAAGUUUUCUACAUUUUUAAGAGCCCUUAGAACGUGCAUAUUUUUUCUUGAGAAAAGCUGAUGCACAGUCACAUGGCUUCCAGCAUUAUUUUCCCUUCACAUUAGUCAACUUUUAAUGGGCUUUUGUAGCUACUAGUUCAUGUUCAUAUAAUGGUUCUUUUUGGUAUCCUAUAAAUUGGAGAAGGAAUGAAAGAGGCAAAGAGAACCUAUUAUUUGCCAAUUUUCAAUUAGACCUCAGCCUGUGCCGGUUUUCCGAGAGUUCCUGCCUCAAGCAGUCAAAGGAAGAAGGUGAUUGCACCUGGGAAGUAGCAACAUCAUCAACACAGCGGAGAGAAGCAUUAAGUACCAGGGCAAGUAGGUUUCACAUUGGGAUUGCGGAUUUUAUUUUUCAUUGAAUUCUACAGAUUGUAUUGUUCUAUGUUUGUAGUCUUAGAUCUAUUCAGUAUCUGUACCUUUCACUCCACUCUACCUACAACAUACUGCUUAUGUUACAUGGAUGUGUAAGCAUCUCUUUGUGGGAUUAGAGGCACAUGUCACGAUCCAUUUGCUCUGUUUCUUUCAUAGCUGUAGCAAGAAUACGGACACUGUCUGGCUAAUGCAUAAGUUAAGUGGUUCUCAGUUUGCUUUAAAUCUCUAAUUUUUAAGCCCCUGUGACAAACUAGCAAACAAUGAAUGGACACAAUAAAGCCAAGUUUUGAUUGCUAUUUGUACUUCUACUACUCUGAAUCCUAUGGGGAACACUGCCAUGUUUUACAUCAUCUGCUCCCUGUAUCGCUCCAUCUAAAACAGACAAGUGCGUUGGUUCAGGGAUCUUCCUUGGCAGACACAUUUGAAGCUCUGGUUCACCACAAACCUGGUCUCCAAAACUGAUUCUCACAGAAUGAAUCUGUCUAGUCAGUCACACUUCACUUUAAUCAGAAACUUCCACCAAUUAUUCUAACAAAUAACUCAUUGGUUUUAUUUUAGUAUGUAAACCAAUGAGACAGAAAUCCUAUUGGUACAUCUAAAAAAUAAUUCCACUUAUUUAGUAAAAGAUUGCAUAAGUUAUUUCUAGAAUGAUUACCAUUUAUGGUCAUUAUAGUUCAGGCUCUUAUCCUUAAUACUUUUUUUUUUUAAUUUUUAGACUCCAAUAUUUAUUUGAUUACUUGUUUUCCUUCUCCUGCUAGGUAAAAUGAGGUUAAAAAUGUAUCAGUAAAAUGGAAAUUCUAGUUUACUUGUGUAUAUGCAUACUUUUCAGCUUACUUGUAUGCCGAAGUUAUUGGAGGAUCUCAGUUUCCUGAGUCAGGAAAAUGUUGUCCAUAGCUGCCAGAGGUACGUGGCACAAGUACCGGCACAUUCCACAGGAGACAUGACCCAUUCAAGCCAAGGUGACAGAACACUCGGGAAUCCAAACCCCUUUUCCCAGUUGCUGACCUCAGGUCCUCUCAUGAACCCCCUUUACAGGAGCGUGUUAAUCGCUCUCCUGUAAAACACAUUAAAAAUGAAAAGUAUUUAAUAUGGUAAAUAUCAGAACAUUUACAAAUGACAUAGAAAACAACGGCUGUUGAUUGAUCCGAGAUGCCUCCGUUUAGGGCUCUUUUAUGUAUAUCACAUUGAAAAAGCAAAGUUUAAAUGUUGUGUUAUAGAAAUGUUUCUGAUUUUUUUUAAACCUAUUCUACAGGCAUUAUCUUUGUACUUAACAAAUAAUGCAGGUUGGUUAUUUCUUGCAUUUUCCUUGAUAGCUUUGUUCUCUACAUACGGUAUUAUCUCAACACUUCCCCGUUCCCCCAAAUGGUUAGGGAAUUAAAACAAUCAAAACAGUCCCUGAUACUAAAAUGUCCUCACCCUUUCUCUUUUCUCUCUUCUUCCCACUUUCCUGCUAUAAAAUGUUAAAAGUACUACCCAACACGUCUCUAACCCAAUUUCCAAACCAAGGCUCCUGGUAUGCCUACCGGGACCAGUGGGUCCCCCGCAACACCAUCAUUUGGAAUGUUUAGGAUGGACAGAGGUAUGACUGUCUCUGCCCUUAAAGAGGUUACAAUCUGGCAGACAGGACACAAAAAAAAUGGAUAAGGAAUUAAGUGCCAAAAGAAGGCUGGAGAUCUUGGCUUCUCUUUGGGACUGUGAUCUUCACAAUAAUCCCUAAGUCUGUUUAUGAAGCCUCUAUCCAGUGCUUUCUAAAUGGUAAAUAAUUUGUUUAUGUGCAGCUUCUUUCUAGCCCCCUCCCUUGAAAGUUUAGGACAGUGCAGCCUAGCUAGCCGGACCUAGGGCCCAAGCGCGAUGCCUAAUCUUGCUUUGUCAACCAUACUCCGCAGAAUCUCAACACCAUCCCAAUGCAUCAACAGUCAAGCACAAAAGGCCAGUGGUAAUGCAUCUUUACAUGACAGGAACAAACAAAACCAUUUAUUAAAACAAGAAGCCGGUUUACAGUCACAGGAAAACUCCUCCUGGGCUUAGUGUUGCUUGUGUAGGAAAUGGCUUCUGUGUAUAAAGCAAGCACCUGUGUUCUGAGAAGCCAGCAGUGGGGACUUUGAAUGAAUGUAAAAUCUGUGCCAUUCUAAACUCUCAAAGUAACAUUCCACAGAGCUCAAGAAAGCUAGCUCCAGAGGUGAGAAAUUGCUUUAUGGUUAAGCUCUUCUCUGGCCCUUCUUUAUAAGACUACAAUUUUCCUUGUGGUUUUCAACCUAAACUCAAAUCAAGCAACUGACAUGAAGUUUUUUACUGAAGAGCUGGGAACGAGAGUUUGGAGUGAGUGCCUUUGUUGGAAAAUGCCCUGUUUCUUGUGUUUGAUAAACAAUCCACUUUUGCUAACAGGAGCAGGAAUUGAGGGGCACAGGGAAAAGAAUUGGUACAAGUCAAAGAGAUUUUCAUGCUAUGGUUGAACAGCUGUUGAAUCAUCAGGUGCCAGCUGAGAGAUGGGCAUAAAGACACAAGCCACACCAGAAAAGGCACUUGAGGCAACAGCUACAGCUGCCGGAUAUGAAAGCAGAGUGUCGGGAAAAGGUCAAGAAGAAGCUUUGGUUUUCCUCUACAAUAGGAUCAGUUCUUUUCUCGUCUUCCACUUGUUCUUCCAGUGUAAGCAUGUUCAUUAUUGCUUUAUCUCACACCUCCAAACAAUUAGCACCUAGUUUGAGCCUCUUCAUAUGUUCUCCUUUUCAUCAUCCUACCAAGCAGUUUUCAAAAAGAAAGGCAGCAAAUUGUCAAAUCAUGUUAUUCAUUGAAUUCCAGUUACCCAGCCAAAUAUAGGUCACAAGCUGCCAUCCCAGUAGAAUGAGCUGAUCCUGAAAUUGAUGAGAAAUAAGAGUGAGUCUUGCCAAUUUGGACUAAAAAACAAUGGGCACCAUUUUUUAAAUGACAUUUGGAGAGUGAGUACCCUGAGAGUCAGCUGACAGAGUGCCAGCCCUUCCUCUUGCUCCCUGCUUUGCUCUGUGACUUUUGCCAAGUUGCUGAACCUCUGUCCUCCUUUGCCUAUAUUUAAGUUAGAGCUGAUUUACCGACUUUAUAAGACAAUUGUGAGGGGCACCGACUCCUGAUGGGAGAAUACUUGGAAAUGCAAAUAUAAGGGCCAGAGUCAGUGGAGCCAAGUAGAAGACAUGCUUUCUGGGUUGUGGAUGUAAGUGACAUCCAAAGAAACAAUGUGGUCAUGUCGGGGGAGGUGGGGAUAUGCAGGGCAAUGCUGUACAACUAUCUGCUAAGUUAUUCAUCAGGUAGACUGCCAAGGGGCCAACUGUCAACACUGCGAGAGGCAACACAGCCAGACAGAGCCAGAGAAAUCAGGACUUUGCGUGCAUAAAGCCCUAAGUUCCCACUCGUCUGCCUGUAGUUUACCCCAGCCCUCGGUGUGAUUGACUGGCUUCUAAGUAAGACAAUACCAACAACAAAUGUGACUUUUUUGCAUAGCCUGCUGACUCUGCAGGAUAAGGAUGGAAAUAUCCUCUUCCUUACCCAGUAGUAUUUUUUUUUUUUUUUGGAUACAAGUAGUAUGUAAACUGAUUGUAAAGCACAGUUGAAAAGUUGGUUAACUCCCAUUGAGCACAGACUGGCAGAGGUAAUAAAGGCCGAGGGGCACCUGGGUAUUAAUGUCUAACAUGAAUUCACAAGUUUAUUUUCCAGAUGAAAAUGUUCUUUAAGAACAGGUCUAUGGAUGGUCUGCACCAUUCUCAAGCUCUGGCUUAUUUCUAGUCAGUGCUGGACUCUGGAUGGCUAUGAGAGUAUGGAGGCCCCUCUCUCGUAGGCCAAGAGACAGUUUCCAGUGUCUCUCAUUCUAAUUUCUUUGGUCGCGUUUUUCUUUUAAUUUUUUUUUUUUCUUCAGUGAGCAUGGUUACUUGGGAGGUUAGCGUUGUGAAAAGUUGGCCUAACUAUUCUUUCUGUAAAGUCAAUGAGGGUCCCACUCCUGUGAAAUAACACAAAAUUUCACUCUCUAAAAGCAGCAGCAUGUAAACUAGAAUGAAAGAAGGAAAUUAUGUAUGUAUGCCUAAUAUUCUUUGUGAAUGUUCUUUCAUUUAACUAAAAUUAUAUUAGAAACCAGAUUGAUAAAUAAAAAAUCCAAAAUAGUUUUAAUUAUCCUAAAA